AUGAUUCGGUUGUGUGUUACGUUCAAAGGAAUAGUUGAUGAUGAUAGGAGUAAAUUCCAGUUCGAUCUGAAUAAGGACCCACAUGAUACAAGUGAUGGUGAUGGUGUGGGAGUUGAUCUGGGAAAAUCAGUAGCUAUUAUUUCAAGGAAUUCACAUAAGCUAACUAAUGUUGUAUUAGAAAAGCCUACUGAUGCUAAUCUUGGUGAUGCUGCUGGUUCAAAGUUGGAAGAUUCAAUGGUAAAGAAGGGCGAAUAUUUUAGCAGUAAGGAAGCUUUACAGGCUACUAUGGAAAUGAUUCCAUCUGCAAGAACAAUUGGACAUCUCAUUAAGCAAAGUUAUGAGGGUGUGAAGGAAGGUCCUAAACCGAUUGAUAUAAUUAAUAUCAUUCGUUCAAGGUACGGCUGCGAGCUAACAUAUCACCAAGUUUGGGAGUCUCGGGAGUAUGCAGUUAACGAAGCUAGAGGAAUUCCUGAGAAAAGUUAUGCUAAGAUACCAAUAUACUUGCACAUGCUACAAGAAGCGAAUCCUGGUACGUUCACGAAUUACGAAAUUGACUUUGAUGGAAGAUUCAAAUAUCUAUUUAUUUCUUUUGGUCAAUCAAGAAGAGGGUUCUACAAGGCAAUGCGGAAAGUGAUAGUAGUUGACGGAACAUUUUUGAAGAAUAAAUACAAAGGAGUUCUACUAGUUGCUAAACCUGUAGAUGCUGAUGAAGAAGGUUUAUCAUUUGUGUCAGAUAGACAUACAUCGAUUGCUAAAUCAAUUGGAAACAUUUACCCAUUGGCUAAACAUGGUAUUUGCAUCCACCACUUGAUUAGUAAUAUUAUAACAUAUAAUAAGGGAAGAGGUGUUGCUGGUAUGGUUGCAAAAGCAUCAAAAGCUUAUAGAGUUGUUGAGUUUGAGAAAGACUUUGCGCGAAUUAACAAAAUUAGUCCUGCUAUUGGAAGUUAUCUAGAGGAAGCUGAUGUGAGAAAAUGGGCUCGCUGUCAUUUUCCGGGUUAUAGAUAUGACAUUAACACCAACAAUGCGGCUGAGUCAAUCAAUGCAGCUUUGAGAUCCAUGUUGCAGGUUAAAGGUAAUGGAGUAGACUGCAUUGUUGACUUAGAAAGAAGGACUUGUUCAUGUGGAAAGUUCAACAUAAGAAAACUCCCUUGUAAACAUGUUAUAAUAGGAGCUUUUGAUAUAGGCAAGGAUCUAUAUCCUUAUGCUGAUGUUGUGUAUACCACUACCGCAUGGAGAUCGCAAUAUGAGGAAACUAUUAAUCCAAUAGGUGUUCCUAAAGAAGAAUGGCGAGUCCCACAACAUGUUGAAGAUGCAAAAGUUUGA